AUGUCGGAAGGCCCGGCGCGGAGCUCCACGGAGUCGUCCUCCGCGGCGUCCUCGGGGCUCGACUUCGAGGACACCGCCCUCACCCUCACGCUGCGCCUCCCGGGCUCCGACCCCGACGUCCGCAAGCGCGCCGCCUCCACCUCCAACCCCGCCGCCGGCCGCGGCAGCAGCAGCAGCUCCCCGCGGGCCUCCGAGGCUCCGCCGGCCCCCAAGGCGCAGGUGGUGGGGUGGCCGCCCGUGAGCCGGAACCGGCGGAACGCGCUCCCCAGCAGGGGAAAGUUCGUCAAGGUGGCCGUGGCCGGCGCGCCGUACCAGCGCAAGGUGGACCUCGAGGCCUACGCGGGCUACGACCAGCUGCUCGCCGCGCUCCAGGACAAGUUCACCUCCCACUUCACCGUCCGCCGCCGGGUGGGGAACGAGGAGAUGGCGCUCGUCGACGUCGUCAGCGGGGCAGAGUACGUGCCCACGUAUGAGGACAAGGACGGCGACUGGAUGCUCGUCGGGGACGUCCCCUGGAGUGUUGGAUCAGAGUGUGGUGACAUGUGA